UUUUGUGGGAUAGUCGAGGCGUCGUCUGACCACAAGUGCGUGUUUUGUAUAUUAUUUGCAACUCGAUCGUGUUGAUAUCCUUUGUCACAUGAAUCUGAUCGCGAUACAACGUUAUUCUUGUUUGACAUGACUUUGGAAGAUCCAUUCUACGUCGUCAAAGAUGAGGUGUUCAAAGCAUUGAACAAGACUCGUGGUCUUUAUCUGCGUUGGCAAGAGAUUUCAAAAGCGCCAAUCAUCCCCAGUAGCCCUGAGGUAGAGUGGACGUCAACUGAGCUGAGAAACGCACUCCGCAGUAUUGAAUGGGACUUGGAAGAUUUAGAAGACACAAUAAGCAUUGUUGAGAAGAACUCGUCAAAGUUUAAGAUAGACAACAAAGAGAUCAGUGACAGGAGGACUUUCAUUGCAGCAACUAAACAAGAAGUGAAGGUCAUGAAGAGCAAAAUGAGCUUGAAUCGCAACCGCGAUAACGACGGCACUGCGCGGGAACCAUUGCUGGGAGAAGACAGUCCAAUGAAUUUCUCUGGUAAUUGGACUUCGACACCCAAAUACAGCAAGUAUUCCAAGCUUGCUAACCAAACUGAUAGCCCAAGCAGAUUCGACGCAUACGACAGUGACAUAAUGUCGAUGCAAGAUAAGAUGCUGGCUGGGCAAAAUGAUCAACUGCAGGUGAUCAGCGAUUCUGUUGGAUCACUGAAGACUGUCUCCAAGCAGAUUGGUGUUGAGCUGGAUGAACAGGCUGGCAUGUUGGAUGAUUUGAAUACAGAACUUGAAAAUGCCGAUUCUAAGUUGGAUUCUACCAUGAAGAAAGUGGCCAAGGCCUUGCAUAUGCAGAAUGAUCGCCGCCAAUGGUUCUCGAUCGGAGUUCUUGUCAGCCUGGUUGUGUUGAUAUUUAUAUUGUUUAUAGUUCUCUGAAGUUUUCGUGAAGAUAUCCAAGCUAUUGGAAUAUCUUCAUACGUAUCAAUGCUACAUGUGUAUAUAUUUAUGUACGCGUCGUUCGCAUACUAUUUUUACAUUCAUUGCAUGAACUAAACUUGAAUAAUUUCAAUUUUGGUUCAUAUUUUCUUAUUGUUGCUAUGUAAUUUUUAUAGAUGUUUAUUUAUUUGUCAUUCAUUGAAAGAAUUAAGAAAUGGUAUUUAUAAUGAUUUUAUUGAAUUAACUUUGUUAGCUCGAUUUUGUGAUAUAUUUAUAUUAUUUUUAAUGGUAAAGAUUGACUGUACUUUAGGGUAAGUUAGAGAAGCACAAUGAGGAUGUAAAUUGGGCUUAAUGUAGAGUAAAAACGUUAAUUUUUGUCUUAGCUUCCGAAAUUUAGUUUAAGUGUUAUCCAAUUUAAUUAUAUGGCUAGAUCAUCCGGUAAUCUUCGUAUCACAUACAUAUUUUUAAUUAGCUACCAUCAAUUGUAAUCAAUCAUCCAACGGCAAAUCAUUGAGGUUAAUAAUACUGGUUGCAUUUUUCGCUCAUAAUAUAUAAUAGUUUUAAUAGGACAUCAGUUUAACAACUGGCUCGCCUUGAACCCCAUAUGAAAAUAUUUUGAAUUUACGAUUGCCAUACAAUUUGUCCCAUGUUAUUUUUUUUACUGUUUUAUAUUUUCCGCAUUAUUGUUUUAAAACCAUCUUUCGCCUUAGGCAAAUUAAGUAUAAAAAAAUAUUCAGAUUAGUCAUAAAGUUUUUUAGUUUUAGCGAGGUUAAACAACAGCAAUUAAUUUUAUAAGUAGAUUUCUACCAUAAUUUACAAUAAAAUCUUGACUUCAUAUAGGUAGCUAUUAUAUUAUUAUCCAUGAAUAUUGAAAUAUAAAUUGGUAUAGAUUAAGAGUGGAAGCCAUAAUAUGGAAGGAGAAGAAAUUCAUGUGAUCGUGUUAGUGAUCAAUGUACAUUGCGCAUAGACGCACUCAUCAUUUAAUUAUAUGGUAAUCAGUAAUCACUGUGUAUUGGAAUAGAAUUUAAAAUAGAAAUAGUGUAAAAUAAUUCGUAGUUUCGUUAUAAUUCAAGUAUCACUAAUGUUGUUAAGAAAUAGUGUAAACGAUGUUUUAAUACUAGCUAUGUUCGCAUAUCUAACAUAAUCCGUGUAGUCCUAAAUGAAAACCUAGCCAAUACGCAUGUGUGUAGUUCGAACACUUUUUAGUACGGGCAUCUAUUACAAACUAAACAAAAAAGUUCUGGAGAGGGCACGUGCACCCUUCCUCCCACUCUAAAUAGCCCUACGCCAAUACGCUAAUAUCCAAUAUGGCAGUCGAUCGUAUUUCAUUGGUUGACAGAUUCAGUAUGCUCGGUGACUGGCCAGGAUAAAAAUGUUAUAAGUGUUGCUGGCAGUAGCUCAAUUGCGAUAGAUAAUAUGUUAAAGUUUUGUGCAAUUACUUAAAUGCUAUUCAUGAUGAAGUUAAUUGCUGGAAAUUGUUCCACUCUCAUCUCCUUGUAACCAGUCACUGUUAACGCGAUGGUACUAUGUAUAUUGUAUACCUUGGCAUUUUAAAAGCGAUUCUAGUCAAAGAGAUCAAAGUGUCUAAAUAUUUCCAAACUAAAAAAAACUGUAUAUAAGAAUGUCAACACUUGUUACAUUUCUUUCUAACAGUUGAGGUAGCCCGCUUAUGAGUGUAUUCUUCUAAAAACUGAUAUGAUAUGUUUAUACGUUUCGACGUUUUCAAUUAAAGUGGCGUUCAAUCCUUUUCGUAGUGUGUUCAUAUAUUUAACGCAUAUAUAGUAUACAUAUAAUAAUCAUAAUAUAUUCCGUAUUAUCAUGAUGACAUUUUCUAACAUUAAGCAUAUUAGUAUCACGUACCGUAAAAGUUGGUAAUUCUCUUGUAAAUUAAUACAGAGUAUACAAAAAUUAACAUUAGGAAUAUGUUGGUGCCUUUUCAAAAUUUUGCUCGUAUUUAUUACAUUUCUUAUCAUGUUCCGGGUUUUUAAAUUCUCUAGAUUUAUAGUGUCAAAUUGGUGAUACAAACACCGCGGCGAAAGUGUUACUUUAUAUUUCCUUCUAAAAAUCUAUAUAUAAAAAAAUAUAAUGAUUAUUGGAAAUGCCAAAUUCAUCCAAAAUUUGACCUUUUACGGUAUUAAUUAACUGUAAUACAUAAUGAAACUAAUGAUAAAAGUAAACACUAAUCAUAAAAAUAUACCUACCAUAAGAUUAGAGGAAAUACAUCGCCAAAGUCGGUGAUAGGUCGUAGCGAUAUCAAUACUAUCUUACUUCUAAGAAUUAAUGUAUAUUAAUAUAUGUCCUUUAUUAUUUUUUUCACUCAUGUCGAAAACCUACCUGUGAUUAUCCUUUAAGUAACCUUAUUUAUUUGUAAAUUAUUAUAUUUAAUUUGCUUCUAUUUAUAUACCGCAGCCCGUAGUAGGGUAUAAGGAAGGAUAGGGAGAGAAGUGGGUAGUUCAUAACAUCGUAGGUUAUUAGGAAAGGAUGAUUCCUUGUUGCGGAAUUAUAUACCCAUUAAAUUAUUUUAUUUUUUAAAGUUAUUUUAAAUUACUGACUAUUAUAAGGUGUCUUCGAUUAUCAUUGAUGUUUAUUUUAACAUGUUGCUCCAAUAUUUUAGUGGUUGUUAAGUACCUCUAGUUGACUACGGGCUUGCAGGAACAUCUGGCGUAUUUAGUAGCGCCCAGUGUGGUAAAAUUACUUCCGGUAUUUAAUAUUAAUCUGCGAGUUAAACCUAAUAAAAUUAUUUCAAUUUACUAUUUUCAUCUAAUGAAAUUGCUGUGAAGUAUUUAAUCACGUGUUUAAUUCCAAAUAUAUUUUAAAUAAAAUA